CUUAAUGGACUUAAUCGUCGGCGGAGAUUAGGAUCCUUAGACUUCACCAUCGGUGGAGAAUAGCCUCGGGCUGAUUCCGUGAUCCGUAAACUUCAAAAUCAAAAUAAAAUCGCAUUUCGCCAAAAUCGCCCGAAAUCCGUGAUGGUAUCCCUUUGGAAUUAGCCAAAAUUUGAUCUGGAAUAAAUCCGCCAAACUCGAUGCUUAAUGGACUUAAUCAUUGUUGAAGAAUAGUAUCAUGACGAAUCUUUGAUCUGUAGCCUUCAAAAUCUAAGUAAAAUGGCUAUUCGAAAAAAAUUGACCAAAAAAUUACUAAAAUGCCAUCCGAAAACAAAUUUCCCCAAAUUGUUGCUUCAUAGACUUAAUCGUCGGCAGAUAAUAGAAUCCAUAGACUUCACCAUCAGUGGGGAAUAGCCUAGGGUUGAAUCUGUGAUCCGUAGCCUUCCAAAUUGAAAGAAAAUCGCAUUUCGGGAAAAUCGCCCGAAAUCUGUGAUGGUAGCACUUUGUAAUCCGCCAAAAAUUAACAUGUAAUAAAUCCGCACAAAUCAGUGCUUAAUGAACUUAAUCAUCGUUCAAGAUUAGUCUUAGGCCGAAUUUGUGAUCUCUAGUCUUCAAAAUCCAAGUAAAAUGGCCCUUAGGAAAAAAAUCGACCAAAAAUCACAAAAAUGCCAUUUGAAAACAAAUUCCCCAAAAUUGUUGCUUAAUGGACUUAAUCGUCGUCGGAGAAUAGGAUGUAUAGACUUCACCAUCGGUGGAGAAUAGCCUCGGGCCGAAUCCGUGAUCCAUAACCUUCAAAAUAGAAAGAAAAUCGCAUUUUGGGAAAAUCGACAGAAAUUUGUGAUGGUACCCCUUUGGAACCUGCCAAAAGUUUGCUAGGAAUAAAUCCGUCCAAAUCGGGCUUAAUAGACUUAAUCAUCGUUGAAGAAUAUUCAUAGUCCGAAUAUGUGAUUUGUAGCCUUCAAAAUCCAAGUAAAAUGGUCCUUCAAAAAAUAUUCGCCUAAAAAUUUACGAAAAUUCCAUCCACAAACAAUUUCCCACUGUUUGUUGCCUAAUGGACUUAAUCGUCGGCAGAGAAUAUGAUCCAUAAACUUCAACAUUGGUGGAGAAUAGCCUCGGGACGAAUCUGUGAUCCAUAGCCUGAUAGCCUUCAAAACCCGUGAAAAAUAGAAUUCCAAAAAAUCCGUAAAAUAAUUGUGAUGGAUAGCCUUCAAUACCAGUGAAAAAUAGCAUUUCCAAAACUUGGCUAAAAUAUGGAAUGGAUAGCCUUGAAAACUGGUGAAAAUAGCAUUCAAAAAAUUGGCAAAAAUAUUUGAUGGAUAGCCUUUAAAACCGGUAAGUAUGGCAUUCCCAAAAAUCGGCCAAAAAUGUGAUGGAUAGCCUUCAAAACUGGUGAAAAAUGACAUUCACCAAAAUUAGCCAAAAAUUUGUGAUGGAUAGCCUUCAAAAUCGUUGAAAAUAGCAUUCACAAGAAUAAACCAAAAUCUGUGAUGGAUAGCCUUGAAAAAUGGUGUAUAAUAGCAUUCAAAAUAAUUGGCCAAAAUCUGUUAUGGAUAGCCUUCAAAACCAGUGAAAAUAGCAUUCCAAAAAAUAGGCCAAAAUUUGUGGUGGAUAGCCUUAAAAAAUGGUGUAUAAUAGCAUUCAAAAGAAUUUGCCAAAAUCUGUGAUGGAUGCCCUUCAAACCAGGUGAAAAUAGAAUUCUCAAAAUCUAUGAUGGAUAACCUUCAAAACCGGUGAAAAUAGCUUUCCCAAAAAUUGGCAAAAAUCUGUGAUAGCCUUCAAACCCCAUGAAGAGAGCAUUCCAAAAAAUUGGCAAAAAUCUGUGAUGGAAUGCCUUCAACCCCUAUGAAGAUAGCAUUCCCAAAAAUUGGCAAAACAAUGUGAUGGGUAGCCUUCAAAACCGGUGAAAAUAGCUUCCCCAAAAUUUGCCAAAAUCUGUGAUGGAUAGCCUUCAAUACCGGUGACAAUAGUAUUCCCAAGAAUCAGACAAAAUAUGUGAUUGAUAGCCUUCAAAACUUGUGAAUAUAACUUUCCAGAAAAUCGGUCAAAAUCUAUGAUGGAUAGCCUUCAAAAUUGGUGAAAAUAGCAUUCCCAAAAAUAGGCCAAAAUCUGGGAUGGAUAGCCUUCAAAAUCGGUUAAAAUAACAUUCCAAAAAACUGCCAAAAUCAGUGAUGGAUAGCGUUCAAAAAUGGUGUACAAUAGCAUUCAAAAUAAUCAGCCAAAAUCAGUGAUGGAUAGCCUCCAUAACCGGUGAAAAUAGCAUUCCCAAAAAUUGGCGACAAUCUGUGAUGGAUAGCCUUCAAAACCGGUGAAGAUAGCAUUCCCAAAAAUCGGCCUAGAAUGUGAUGGAUAGCUUUCCAAACCGGUGAAAAAUUACGUUCCCCAAAAUUAGCCAAAAUCUGUGAAGGAUUGAUAAAGCACCAGGGGGUGCUUUUGAUCAAAGUAACGCCACAAACACACUCUCGAACGAUAAUGAUGGAAAAGGUAGAACUUCGCCACAAUCAAGGUGUUUACUUGAUUGAUAAGAAGCUUGUUAAACGAUUUUGAACUCCUCACAGAAAAGCUUGACAAGGGUUCUCGAAUUAGCAAUGGAAUCCUCACAAAACUAAAUCAAGGAUUUGAUUCUUGAGACACAACUCAAAGAACUCAAAACUAACGUAUGAGUAAAUUUUAUUCAACUAAAACUUGGAUGAUUUACAACGUGAAAUUGAAAGCUAUUUAAAGACAAUAAAAACCUAAUACAAACCUAAUAUAACUAGGAAACAAUUAUGGUAAAAACAAACUCUAAAAACAUUGUAAAACUCGGCCACAAACUCUCUUUCUUUAAGCACAAACAAGCUGCCUUUUAGCACAAGCAAAUUGUCCAAAAACAGUUUUCGUACUAACUUUGUGCCAUUCGUUCGAAGCCUUCCAGAACUCCAAUUUUUCAUCCAAUUCCUUCCUUUUGUUCACGAACAUACCUAGUUUCAUGUUGUGGAAGCCUAUUGACUUGAAUCCCAUCCAUGCUCCUUGAAUUGAGCUCCAAAGUAGGCUUCACAAAAAAGUUUUCCAGUUUUGAGGUAGCAACUUUGAGGCCUUAGAAAACAACCUCAAUGACAUCUUCUUUAUCCAAAAAUUAUAUCAUUGAAAAGAUGUCAACUUCAUCUUUAAAACAAGAUCUUGAUCUCCAAUUUUCAUUGAGCCAUUUUGAAGAUACAAGUUUCCAAAGUAGGCUACCUGAAACUGUUUCAACACUUAGCCAAAAAUCAGAAUUCUUCAAGCGAGUUGAGAUGACUUCUUUGGCAAGUAAUUGUGAAUUCUGGAUUGAUCCGAUUGGGAUCAUAUCAAGGAUAGCCUUCAAAAUCGGUGAAAAUAGCAUUCACAAGAAUCAACCAAAAUUUGUGAGGGAUAGUCUUCAAAACCAGUGAAAAUUGCAUUCCCAAAAAUAGGCCAAAAUCUGUGAUGGAUAGCCUUCAAAAAUGGUGUUAAUAGCAUUCAAAAGAAUCGGUCAAAAUCAGUGAUGGGUAGCCUUCAUAACCGGCGAAAAUAGCAUUCUCAAAAUUGGCCAAAAUAUGUGAUGGAUAGCAUUCAAAAGAAUCGGCCAAAAUAUGUGAUAGAUAGCCUUCAAAACCGGUGAAAAUAACAUUCACAAAAAUUGACCAAAAUCUGUGGUGGAUGGCCUUAAAAACCAGUGAAAAUAGCAUUCUCAAAAAUAGAACAAAAGCAGUGAUGGAUAGGUUUCAAAACUGGUGAAAAUAGCAUUCCAAAAAACGGCCAAAAUCUUUGAUGGAUAACCUUCAGAAAUGGUGUAUAAUAUAAUUUAAAAGAAUGGACCAAAAUCUGUGACUGAUAGUCUUCAAAAUCGCAUUUCCAAAAAUUGGUCAAAAUUUUUGAUGGAUAGCCUUCAAACCCAGUGAAAAAUAGAAUUCCAAAAAAUCAGUAAAAAAAUGUGAUGGAUAGCCUUCAAAACAGGCGAAAAGUAACAUUUCCUAAAUUGGAAAAAUAUGGGAUGGAUGACCUUCAAAAUCGGUGAAAAUAACAUUCUCAAUAAUUGGCAAAAAUCUGUGAUGGAUACCCUUCAAAAUUGGUGAAGAUAGCAUUCCCAAAAAUUUGCCAAAAAAAUGUGACGAAUAGCCUUCCAAACUACUGAAAAAUGGCAUUCCCCAAAUUGACCAAAAUCUGUAAUGGAUAGCUUUCAAAAUCCGGUGAAAAUAGCAUUCCCAAGAAUCGGCCAAAAUCUGUUAUGGAUAGCCUUAAAAAAUGGUGAAAAUAGCAUUCCUUACAAUAGGUCAAAAUCUGUGAUGGAUAAGUUUCAAAAGCGGUGAAAGUAGCAUUCCAAAAAACCAGCCAAAAUAUGUGAUGGAUGACCUUCAAAAAUGGUGUAUAAUAGCAUUCAAAUGAAUCGGCCAAAAUCUGUGAUGGAUAGCCAUCAAAACCGGUAAAAAUAGCAUUCCAAAAAAUCGACCAAAAUCUGUGAUGGAUAGCCUUUACAAAUUGUGCAUAAUAGCCUUAAAAGAAUCAGUCAAAAUCUGUGAUCUAUAGCCUUCAAAACCGGUGAAAAUAGAAUUCCCAAAAAUUGGCAAAAAUAUUUGAUGGAUAUCCUUCAAAAUCGGUGAAAAUAGCAUUUCGAAAAAUUGGCCAAAAUCUGUGAUGGAUAGCCUUCAAAACUAAUGAAAAUAACAUUCCAAAUAUCGGCAAAAUCUAUGAUGGAUAGUCUUCAACAUUGGUGAAUAAUAGCAUUCCAAAGAAUGUGCCAAAAUAUUUGAUGAAUAGCCUUCAAAACCGAUGAAAAUAUCAUUCCCAAGAAUCGGCCAAAAUCUAUGAUAGAUAGCAUUCAAAACUGGUGAAAUACCAUUCCCAAAAGUCGGCCUAAAAUCUUUGAUCAAUAGCCUUCAAAACCGGUCAAAAUAAAAUUCUCGAAAAUUGGUCAAAAUUUGUGAUUGAUAUCCUUCAAACCCGUGAAAUAUUGAAUUCCAAAAAAUGGGCUAAAAUAUGUGAUGGACAGCCUUCAAAACAGGUGAAAAUAGAUUUCCCAAGCCAAAAUCUGUGAUGAAUAGGAAAAUGAAUGCUAUUUCGCCAAACCCUUUGCUUUUAAGGUAAAUUGCAUAAGGCAAAGCCUUUCCUUAUCAUGACCGCCUUCACCUUCUUGCAUGAGGAUUUUUACUAAGAUCAGAUAAGAUCACCAGCAGCGAUUGAUGAUAGCCUUCAAAAUUGGUGAAUACCAACAUUCCCAAAAAUGUGCCAAAAUAUGUGAUGGAUAUCUUCAAAACAUGUGAAAAUAACAUUCCCAAAAAUAGUCCAAAAUCUGUGAUGGAUAGCUCUAAAAACCGGUGAAAAUAUCUUUUAAAAAAAUCAUCUGUGAUGUAUAGCCUUCAAAAUCGGUGAAAAAUAGAAUUCCCCAAAAUUG